CACGUCGCUCCACCACAAGGCAAAAAGAUGGCGGAAGACAGAGUGAGGUCACGCCGCCGACGCUCUGUAUCACGAUCUCCGAACCGACAACACCGUGGGCGUCGCGAUCGAAGCUCCUCCAGAGAGAAGCGCCAUCGCCCCGAUGAUGACCGCCGUCGUCGAGACUCGAAGAAACGCAAACUUAGUCGCACCAGCCGAUCUCGAUCGCGAGGAAAGCACCGCAUUUCCGCGUCCCGUCGAGACCACGACAAGGACGAAAAGUCGUCCCCUUUGAAAAAGGAUGCAAGCGCUACGAAUGUUGACGUGAAGUCAGAUAAACCUGCAAUUCCCACAACGUUACCUGACGCUGCACCAUCGACCACCCCAUUUCCAGACACCAAACCAAAGAAAACGUCGCGUUUCUCCGACAAAAAGGAGUCGAGACCAUCCUUCGAUAACGACGAGUUGGCAAACGCACCAUCAGUCGUGGCAUCUGUGGCCCCCAAGCAGGCAACUUUCACCCCCGCAGUGACGACGACGACGACAGGAACCCCGGCGAGUAAGGAAAGCGUGAAAGGCACGAUCUCGGACAUAUUCCGCAUUGAUAACGUUGUCCCAACAGCAACUAAUAAGUCCCUUAGCAAGCCGGGGGCGCUCUCUAUCGUCCUGGGAGGACCUGUUCAGCGUCGACAAUCCUCUUCUGCAGCGAAAGGGCCAGAGACAUCAUCCCCACUGCUGUCCUCCAAACCCCCGCCUCCGCCUCUUCAGCAAGCAACAAGUGUCAAGCCUGCGCCGCCACCACGUCCACUUGGGGACACGGCCAAACCUCCUCCACCGCCGUUGACAUCGAACAUGAAGCCCCCACCCCCUCGUAUAAUCGCUUCCGUUGCAGCCCCAUCGUCUCCCCGUCCAUUAAACCAAACGCCAGCUACUACCUCUGUGCCUUCCCCAUCGAAAGCUUCUACUGCUGCGACGUCUUCAAUGGAAUCCCCGCCUGUCCCUAAGGUAGCGAUCGACGUCGAAUCGAUGAAGAACAACAUAUUGAAAGCCCUGGCAGCAGCCAAGUCGCUAGCAGCCUCGAAAAUUGCUGCACCUGUCGCUCCCGACGCUGACAUCGAACCUCAAGUCGACGCCAUAGAGUCUCGACAUGAUGAUGAUACAACAGGUGUGCUCGAGUUGCGCAAGUCUGCGAAACCCAAAGCAUCGAGCUCGUCGACGGAUGCAUUGUCAACGCAGGAGAUAUCAGACGAACAACAUGGUGCUGAGACGUCCGAGGCCGUGUCAGCGUCAAUCAGUCCUGCUCACGAUGACCAAGGUAGCACAAUCCAGAAAGCAGUAUCACCGAAGAGAUCCCCGGCCGUCGCGCCAAAACCUGUCCCGACAGUCGACCAGCCCGUGGAAUUCGACAUGUUUGCCCUGGACGACAACGACGAAGACGACGGUCGUGUCUCCGAUUCAGACUCGUACCGCGAGAAGUCGUCGCUGCGUCCGGCAGUGCUGGCGCUCGAGCGGCAUGGAAACCACGACGACAGCGAAGGGUACUAUAAAGCCAACAUUGGCGAAGUGUUGAAUGGAGAGUAUCGCGUCAUGGGCACGAUGGGGAAAGGCGUGUUUUCAAGCGUGUUGCUGUGCAAACAAAUGAAGGAUGACACGACUGUGGCCGUGAAGCUCAUUCGCAACAAUGACACGAUGCGCGACGCCGCCCAGUUGGAAGUGCGCCUGUUGACAGAGCUCCAGACUGGUCCCCGCCGCUCCAAGUAUGUCGUGCGCCUCUUGAACUCGUUCGAGUUCCGCAGCCAUGCCGCGAUGGUGUUUGAACCGAUGCAAAUGAAUGUUCGCGAAGCCAUGAAAAAAUUUGGUGGCCGCGACGGCCUCGCUCUCGGCGGUGUCAAGGUGUUCUGCCGCCAACUCGUGCUUGCGCUUGAUCACUUGCAGACGUGCAGCAUCGUCCAUGCAGAUAUCAAGCCUGACAACAUGCUCCUGGACGACAAGCAGUCGAUGGUCAAGCUGUGCGACUUUGGGUCGGCGUUCAAAGUGGGCGUUGGCGAAGUGAACGAUCCGACGCCAUAUCUCGUGAGUCGGUAUUACCGUGCGCCCGAGGUAAUUCUGGGACUCCCGUACGACUUUGCAGUCGACAUGUGGAGCUUGGGCUGUUGUUUGUACGAGAUGUUUACGGGCAAAGUCAUGUUUCCCGGCCAAACCAACAACGAGAUGCUCAAACUCUUUAUGGAACUCAAAGGCCGGUUCCCGACCAAGUUGAUGCGCCGCCAUCGUCAAGUGUACCAAGAAAAAUUCCUCAUGGAGCCGCAUUUUGACGACGGCCUCCGCUUUUGUAGCCGCGAAAUCGAUCGCGUCACCGGCGUCCCCGUCGUGCGAACGAUCAACACUGUCAACGGAACGAGAGACCUGACGGCGGCAUUGCUCGCGGCCAAAUCGCACUCAGACGACAAGAAACUCGUCAUGGAGCUCAAGGAUCUACUUGACAAGAUCUUUGUUUUCGAUCCUGCCAAGCGCCUCACCGUCGCCGAAGCUCUCCAGCAUCCAUUUGUGAUGCGAUCGUGACAAGCGCGAUCAAGUGCAUGCAUCUUGCGCUAGCGCAGUAGAUUUGAAUUUCGAUCAUUCCAUCGUCAAGUUGUCAAAAUGC